AUGAAAGAAAACUCUGAGUUGCGCGAGAAAAUGCUGAACCUUAGUCUUACUACAUCAGACCUGAAAACUAAAGUAAAAGAUCUUGAACAUGAAAGAGACAGUUUAAUAACAGCACUUAAAUUACAGCAACAGGAUAUCGAACAAAAUCGAACCACUACUCAAAAACGCCGUGCAGAAUGGAAAACAACGUCGGCCCCGAAGAACAAAGACAAUCAAGCACCUGCUACAUUGAACUUGCACAAUAGUUUUGACUGCACCUUAGACGAUGAGGUGGGCGAAGAAAAUGGGGAACAACAUCCAAGUGUAAUUAACCUUGACAUUAGUCAACAAUCCGAUCCUGAUCAUCAACCAACCGAAGACAAUAACACCUCAACUGGGAGUAAUAACGGCGAAACCUUGACUGGACACAUAACAGAUCGUAGGAACCCAAACAAAGAAAAAUCACAGGAAGCAAAACAAAGCAUAGUCAUCAUCGGUGAUUCCAUUGUAAAACACAUUAUUCCAGCAAAAUUGUCUAAGAAAAAGGUGCAUAAAUUUACUUAUCCUGGUAAAACGGCCUCAGAAAUACACAAUAAACUCAAUACAAUCGAAUCAAACCUAACGCCUUCCCACGUAGUAGUUCAUGCGGGAACAAACAACAUCCCUUCGCAAUCUGUGGGCGAAUGUAUAAACGACAUUGAAGAACUUAUUGUUGGAGUGAAGGAGAAAUUUCCUAAUUAA